AUGGCGGGACACAACGUGCUGGCUCUGGUGUUCGGGGUUCUGCUGAUCCUGUUCAUCAUCUUCGGGAACCUGCUCGUGUGUCUCAGCGUGUUCACGGAGCGCGCGCUGAAGACCACCACCAACUACUUCAUAGUCAGUCUCGCGGUGGCGGAUCUCAUGCUGGCGGUGCUCGUGCUGCCGCUCUUCGUCUACUCAGAGUUCCAGGACGGCGUGUGGACGCUGAGCACGGCGCUCUGUGACGGUCUGAUGACGAUGGACGUUCUGCUCUGCACCGCCUCCAUCUUCAACCUGUGUGCCAUCAGCGUGGACAGGUUCAUCGCCGUGUUGAUUCCUCUCAACUACAACAGGAAGCACGUGGACACGCGGCAGGCGGUCCUGCUGUCGGCGACGUGGAUCCUGGCGCUGGCCGUCGCCUCGCCCGUCAUGUUCGGCAUCAACAACGUUCCGGGUCGCGACCCCACGGAGUGCAAACUGGAGAACGACGACUACGUGCUGUACUCGUCCGUGUGCUCCUUCUUCAUCCCGUGUCCCAUCAUGCUGCUGCUCUACUGCGGGAUGUUCCGCGGGCUGCGGCGCUGGGAGGAGUCUCGUAAAGCCAAGCUGAGGAGCAGCAUCCAGGCCUGCAGGAAGCUGCAGGAAGCCGCCGCCUCGCUGCCGCCGCUCGCCUCGCUGCCGCCGCCGCUCCCGCCCAUCAUAGAGCGAGACGACGGUCCGGACGAGCCGCCCGCCUUCGCGCCUUCGGACCGAGCCUUCGCCACGUCGGGGGGGAAAGACGGACUCGUGAAGACGGUGAGCUUCACGGAGAUCCGGUUCCCCGCCGACCCGCGCAAGAGGAAGAGAGCCAAGAUCAACAGCCGGGAGAGGAAGGCCAUGAAGGUGCUUCCUGUCGUUGUGGGUACCUUCCUGUUCUGCUGGACUCCGUUCUUCGUCCUGCACACGAUGCGAGCUCGCUGCCAGGACUGCUAUGUCCCGCCGGUGCUGAUGAGCGUGGUGACGUGGCUCGGCUACGUCAACAGCGCCCUCAACCCCGUCAUCUACACCAUCUUCAACACCGAGUUCAGGAACUUCUUCAAGAAGUUUCUGCACCGCUGCUGCUCCUGA